GUGGCGUCACCGCGGCGGGCUGGGAGCGCUUUGGUGCCCUUCGCGAGGGUCCCCGAGGGCAGAGCUGCGCAUGCGCUGGUAGCUAUGGAAGCCUGGAGACGCUGAAGGAAGGGAAGGAGGUCUUGGAUUCGAAUCCUGGGCGUCGUUUGGGAAAAUGGCGGCGGCUGGAGAGGCCUCUGAGAGGCAUUGCUGGGUCUGUUUUGCCACCGAGGGCGACGACCGGUCGGCGGAGUGGGUCUGCCCCUGCCGCUGCAAAGGCUCCACCAAAUGGAUCCACCAGGCCUGCCUCCAACGCUGGCUGGACGAGAAGCAGAAAGGCAACAGCACAGGGAGCGUGAGUUGCCCUCAGUGUGGCACCGAGUAUCACAUUGUCUUCCCCAAACUAGGACCCUUGGUCUAUUUCUUGCAGCAAGUGGACCGGGUUUUAUCUAAAGUGAGCCCCUUUGCUGCAGCCGGCAUUGUGGUGGGGACGCUUUACUGGUCGGCCGUCACAUAUGGGGCUGUCACAGUGAUGCAGGUUGUUGGACACAAAAAGGGCCUGGACGUGAUGGAGAGGGCAGACCCGCUCUUCUUGCUCAUGGGGUUGCCAACCAUCCCUGUCAUGCUGGUUCUAGGGAAGAUGAUCCGCUGGGAAGAUUAUGUGCUACGGGUCUGGCGAAAAUACUCCAGCAAGCUCCAGGCCCUGCAAGCCUUGGUGCCUGGAGUCAGCCGUCCCGUUCCACAGGUCCCGCUGGCUGAAUCGCGCUACCAGAGUGACCAUCUCUCCAUCUCACGCACUCUGUGUGGAGCCCUGGUUUUCCCUUCCAUUGCCAAUCUAGUCGGCCGGGUGAUGUUCCGCAGAGUAAACUCCAGCCUCCAACGCACCAUCCUGGGUGGCAUCGCUUUUGUGGCCAUCAAGGGAGCCCUGAAAGUUUAUUUCCGACAGCAGCAAUACUUGAUCCAAGCCAACCGGCGCAUCCUCAACUUUGUGGAGAAGGGGGACAUGGAGAAGGACUCUCCACAGCUUGAUGAAGACAGCGGCAGUGAAGCAGGGCUUAGCUAGGGUGAGACAUGUGGAGGGGAUGGAUGCACUCCCUGGCCCACUGCAAAGUUCAUCACAGAAAGCACUUUCCUCUCCAGAAGAGAUUUUAGGUUGGACAGCUUUACUCCAAAAUUGAGACGCUGACAAGCAGCCUGGCCUUGGCCCCGUCCUGUUGGAAGAUAAAGGCUGGGAGGCAUUGGCGGGAAAGUUGGACUGGACAAAGGGCAUCACUGGGUCUACUAUGAGAGCAAAACCUAUUUUCAAGCUGAUGGCUUCCUUGCAGUCUGGCAUGUUGACCUCACACUGUUCUGUCCAGCUUUUCCACCAUGUUUGUUUGGAAUUCUGUGUGGCAUCUCCUCUGAUCUCUUUGGAAACCAUGGUUUAAAUUAAAAACAGACAAACAAA